AUGGAUAAGCUCAUCAACGCCGCCAAGGAGUACCUUGAUGAUGACAAGGAUAAGCGCCAAGACCAGUCUCAACAGAGCCACGGACAGCAGCAAGGCUACGGUGGAGGCCAACAACAAGGUUACGGACAGGAGGGCGGCUAUGGACAGCAGCAGGGAGGCCAAUAUGGCCAACAGCAGCAGCAGCAGUACCCUCCUGCUGGCGGCAUCCGUCAGUCCCCCAACGCUCCCCACACGAACGAUUCUAACAAGGAUACAGAAGCACAAGGUGCUGGUGCAUUCGGAGGCUUCCACGGCGGAGACGUCGACUUCGACAACGCCAAGGAGGAGGCUCACCAGAAGGCCGGAUCCUCUGGUGACAAGGACCUCUUUGGCAGCAUUCUAGGUGCUCUCGGACAGAAGAAGAACAAGCUUGCUGACGAGGACCUCGAUGAGGAAGAUGCCAUCAAGCAGCACAAGAACACCUACGAUAAUGACGAACCCCAGCAGGACAGCAAGAGUCUCGGUACGGCCGCUGCUAUGCAAGCCCUCAAGAUGUUCACCCAGGGCCAAAGCCAGAGCAGCGCUGGCGGUAACAGCCAGACUGCAUUCCUAGGUCUCGCCUUGGCCGAGGCCAGCAAGCUUUUUGAUAACAAGGCUGCGAACGGCAAGGUAGCUGAUGGAACCAGCAAGGAGGGCGUUAUCCAGCAGGCUGGUGAGGUUGCUCUGAAGAUGUACUUCAAGCAACAGGCAGGUGCUGGAGGACAGGGUGGUGGCGCUGGAGGUAUUAUGGGACUUGCUUCUAAGUUCCUGUCCAAGUAA